AUGUUCGAGGACAUUCAGUUAAUUUACAUGAACAUUCGCAUCCUGCGCUUCUGGGCUCUUCUGUACGAUGACAAUGUGAAAAAGUAUAUAUGCAUCGGCCUGACCACCUUUCACAUCUUCACUCAACUGAUGUACAUGAUCAGUACCACGGAAGGACUCAUUGGAAUAAUCCGCAACUCUUAUAUGCUGGUCUUGUGGAUAAAUACUGUGCUGCGGGCCAUUCUCUUACUGCUCGACCACGAUAGCUACGUAUCCUUGAUCAACAAACUGGCCGAAGCCUAUUACGAUCUGGUGAAUCUGAGGGAUGGCUAUAUAACCCAGGAGCUGGAUGAGCUGAACCGGGUUGGUAAAUUGAUGGAGGGGAAUCUAUUCUUUGGACUACUCACCUGUGUGGGUUUCGGCCUAUAUCCUCUAUCCUCGAGCGAAAGAGUUCUUCCCUUUGGCAGCAGGAUUCCUGGGGUCAAUGAGUACGAGACCCCAUACUACCAGUUGUGGUACAUCUUCCAGAUGGUCAUCACCCCGAUGGGCUGCUGUAUGUACAUUCCUUACACCAGUCUUAUCGUGGCCCUGAUUAUGUUCGGAAUCGUGCGGUGCAAGGCUCUGCAGCAUCGCCUUCGCCGGGUGGCCAAACUGCAUCCGUUUGGUCAACGAGAUAACCGGAAGUUGGCGGAGGAGAUUGUGGACUGCAUUCGCUAUCAGCAGAGCAUUAUAGAGUAUAUGGAUCACAUCAAUGAGCUGACCACAAUGAUGUUCCUAUUCGAGCUACUUGCCUUUUCGGCUCUGCUCUGUGCUUUACUCUUUCUGCUUAUUAUCGUAAACGGUAUUGGACAGAUAAUCAUUAUCUGCAUGUACAUCAACAUGAUCUUGGCCCAAAUCCUGGCCCUUUACUGGUAUGCCAAUGAGCUGAGGGAACAGAAUCUGGCCGUGGCCACAGCAGCCUACGAGACGGAGUGGUUCACCUACGAAAUUCCUGUUCGCAAAAAUAUAAUUUUUAUGAUGAUGAGGGCCCAAAGGCCAGCAUCGAUACUCCUUGGCAAUAUUCGACCGAUUACCUUGGAGCUCUUUCAGAAUCUCCUAAAUACAACUUAUACAUUUUUUACAGUCUUGAAACGAGUCUAUGGCUGA